AUGAAGUUUAACAUCUCUUUCCCCGAAACAGGACAACAAAAAUGCAUCGAUAUCGACGAUGAGCGCAAAGUAAGACUCUUUUACGAUCGCAGAAUGGGGCAAGAAAUUGAUGGAGAAGCCUUAGGAGAAGAGUUUAAAGGCUACAUCUUCCGUAUCUCUGGAGGCAAUGACAAGCAAGGCUUUUCAAUGAAGCAAGGAGUCCUUGAAAACAAAAGAGUCCGCUUAUUGCUUUCAGCUGGACACACCAACUACCGCCCUCGCAAAAAAGGUGAGAGAAAGCGCAAAUCAGUCAGAGGCUGCAUUGUUGGCCACGAUAUCGCUGUUCUUCAACUUGUUGUCACCAAAAAGGGUCCAGGUGAGCUCCCUGGCAUCACCGACAGCCCUAUUGCAAGAAGACUUGGCCCAAAAAGAGCUUCAAGAAUCAGAAAGUUAUUCGCCUUAGACAAAGGAGUUGACAAGAAAUCUGUGAAAGCUGAAGAAAGAGACGAUGUUAGAAAAUAUGUCGUCAAGAGAGAAAUCAAAAGAGAAGGGAAAAAGCCUUACUUUAAAGCUCCAAAGAUACAAAGACUUAUUAUAACUUAAGCAUCCUUAUGGAUUGUUCAAGCCUUCAAUUCCUUCUGUCAUAUGGGGGCUUGCAAAGUUAACUCCGACUGACAAGUCAGACCUCAAUUUGGCAAAUAUACAGGAUAUCGCAGAUUUGCCAAGUUAAGGUUUCACUCGUCAAAUAGAGUUGAAUUUGCAGGCUCUCAGCUUGGCAGUAGGAAUUCAAGGCUUUAACAAUCCAUACGGAUACUUAAGAUAUACUGCUGAGAGGUUAAGAAGAAAAACUAAGGAAAAAGCUCAGAAGAAGGAGAGAUGGCAGAGGGCUAAAGAAGCUGCAAAGAAAUAUAAUGUUCUGUUGAAUAAUGUAUUACAUGAGAGACAUGUGGCAGAAGCUCAGGCUCACACCCAAAAGGUGGAAGAAAAGAAAGCUUAA